AUGGAAGUGGUAAAAGAUAACUGUGCAUAUUUGAGCAAUUACGAAGUCCUUCAAUUGCUCAAAGAAGUGAACACUCUUGACAGCAAGCAGAAUCGGCAGGUGAACCUUCGGACAGUCGCUUACGAGGCAUCCAAGUAUCUUGAAGGGACUCCGUGCAUACAUCAAUCUAAAGAGCAGAUUCAAAAGCUGAUGCAGGCCUUGGUGCCAUACAACCUGACAAAGAUCGAAAAGCUGCAGAUCCUGAAUUCGUGUCCAACUACCCCAGUUGAAAUUCAGUUGAUUGUGGAGGAUGCAGAGGAGCGUUUGACAGAGGAGCAGGUGAAUGGGAUUCUGAAAAUAAUUGCUGAUUCCAUUCCCAUUCCUCGGCCAACUGGUGAAUCCGAGUCUGACGGAGGAGCAUCCAAUUGA